CCCUCGUUAUCGCUGUAAUUACAAUGUGCAUUUGUUUUUGUCUAUCAGAAUUGUCUGAAUUUACAAUUAGACUAUAUGUUAUUGUACGAUGCGAUCGCAGUGAUAUCGGCUUAUAAAGGUGUUGUGCCCAAUGUGAUUACGUUCCAGUGCUUUUCGUUUUCGUUUCUCGUGAAUAAAGGGAAUUUCAAGUUGGCAUAAAAGACCAGACAGCUGAUCACAGACUUUUUGGCUCACACCUGCUACAAAAAGAUAAUAAUUAUUUAAAAACCUGGCAUUUACGGGGAUUUUUGCAGGUGCCAGCGUAUUUAUAUAACAACAAUUUGAUUGAUUAUGGCGCUGCCCAGAAAACUGAUAUCAAAGAUCUAUGAUAUAAAGGCACACGAUAGCAGAGUCACGAGCCUUGAUCUGGGCGAAACAGGGGGAGUUCUGGUCACCGGAGGAGAAGAUCGCAAUGUAAAUCUUUGGGCAAUUGGACAGAAUGAGUGUUUUAUGUCUCUGACGGGCCACAAUCGCUCUAUUGAUUGCGUUCGUUUUGCUUACAAGGAUAACUUUGUCUACUCCGCCGACGACAUCGGAAUAAUCCGGAGAUGGGAUCUGAAUUCCCAGAAAAUCUACUCCACUUUAAAUGGCCACAUGAAGAGUGUCCGCACUCUGGACUUUAAUCCGUCCGGAGAAUAUGUUGUGUCCGGAAGUAAUGAUACGACCGUCAGACUUUGGGAUGUGCAGAACGAAAAUAACUGCAUUAAGGUAUGUCGGGGUCACAUGUCUCACGUAAAUUCCGUAAAGUUCUCCCCGGACGGACUUUGGAUCGCCUCUGCUGGCUUGGAGGGUUCCAUUCUCAUCUGGGACAUACGGAAGAGUAAACAGAUAAUGGAGUUUAUAGCUGAUCCCCCCGUUACGGCAAUCACAUGCGUUCAGUUCCAUCCUUUUGAGUUCCUGCUGGCCGCCGGACGUAUUGAUGGCACAGUUUCCAUUUACGAUCUGGAGAAACAGCAGCUCGUCUCUCAGACCACGCACUUUUACGGCCAGGCCAUCAGAUGUAUUACCUUUAGUGAGAACGGAGAAUGUCUUUUUGUCGGCAGUUCUUCCGGUAUUUCAGUCAUUGGUUGGGAGCCUGACCGUGAGCUCGACCACAUCAAAAGCACCUGGUCUUCGUUGGCCGACAUGAAAGUCGUCAAAAAUAAGUUGAUCUGUGGUUGCCAUGAGAUCGACACCGUUUCGAUCAAUACUAUCAGUCUGGACAGCGUGAAACCGUUCUAUCAACCUCCAAAUUCCCUACCCAACUUCAAGCACAAUUCAACGAACCGGAAGAGUUUCUCUCGCGGCAACCAGAAAUUCAGGCUGUCUUUGGGAGGAUCCAAGCCGGCACAGGUGCAGGAGGAGCUUGAAGAGAACAAAAGUGGCUUGUCGUCACCAAACUAUAGUCUGGAGGUGGUGAACGAGGCGGUGCUGGAUUCAGCGGAAACGUCUCCAAUGUCCUCGUUGCCACCUGUUCACUUGGCUUCGAUGGCGGGUUCAUCGGCGGAUCUCGCUUCCCAUCAUGCUAUGUACGGCGGACCAAUCGAUUCAUCGUUAAGGCAGGGGAAAUUCUCUAGGGUGCCCGAUAAUAUGGCCAGCUAUUCGAGUAGCUAUGCCAUUGAUACCCGCCUGAUGUCGAUGAAUGAACCCAGUUCGCUGCACAAGCCGGACAUCUACAACAUAUACUCCCUAGAAAAGGACGUAGAGGAGGACGUGCAGCAAUUGGAGUUCAAUCUUAACGAUAGUAAUCCGCCAAUACUCAAUAACUAUGACAAUUACCAGAUGGCCGAAGACUUUCCGGUCAAUCAAAACCUGAACUACAUUACCAAUAAUUAUAAGCAAAUUCCCGCCACCUCCACAAUUAACGCUUCGUCCAAGUCGAUCAAGAAGACUACUACUACCACCUUGCACAAACGGACAACGGGUAACAUGAGCAACUCGAAGCAGACGUCCACGGGCAUCUUUGGUGGCAGCAAGCUCAGUCAGGUUUCCUCGGUUAGCUCUAUGGAAUUGCACAAGCUGGACGACAACAUGGUCUUGAAAAAGUCCUCCUCAACGAAUGUUGUCAAUAAAAACAAGCGCCCAAUGGGUUCUGCCCAGAGUCAGUUUAGCAAAGAGAACAAUCAACAGAAACAUAUUAACGUUGAGAUCAUCACAAAGCCACCGAUGCGUUCUCGCACUACCCUGGAUUUGCGUCCUUCACAGCAAGCUAAAACUCAGGAAAAACAAAUUCACCAGCCAUUGAACAAUCGCAUCAUGAUGGAUGAUCACGAUUUUGAUGUGCUCUCCAGAUCACAUGAGGCUGUGCUGCAAGAGCUGAGCAAUCGUCAGUCCAGUCUGGACUUGCUGCGAAACGCAACGCGGUCCCAUGAUGUACUAGGCGCAUUAAGGCAAGCCAAGAAUUGUGGAAAAUCCAUUUUUAUAGACCUUCUCGGAGCCAUUCUAGAAAAACCAUCAUCGUGGAACUUGGAUUUCUGUAUGUUUGUGUUGCCAGAGAUUUACGAACUCUUGCAAAGCCAACACAAGUUCCACUUUACAAGGGCCUGUGAUACGUUGCGUAUUAUACUGUCGAACUUCUUGCCGACCAUUCAGGAAAACCUUGAUUCUUGGGCUGCCAAUGGCCUGGGUGUCGACGUGACCCGAGAAGAUCGUCAGAGGAAGUGCGCAGAGUGCCAGCGGUGGUUGCUGCAAAUUAAGAAUCUGCCAGAAAGCACCCACUUUGGAUCAACACUGUCACAAUUACAGAACAUAAUCAUUUUCUAAGGGCCACGCAUAUCUUAGCUGUGAAUUCUCGCCGGCGUUCAGAUCAGCUCUUGAACGGUACAAAGAUCGUCAACAAAAGAAAACCACCAGCUUCCCAAAAACCUGAUUUAAAUACAGUGUCUUGGGGAGUGGCCUCAUUUGUCGCUCUAAGCUGCCAAAAUAAGGAAUUUUAAAAAGGAACAGCUGCUCGAAAACGAGCUCUUCCGAACUCUGUUUAUCCAGCAUUAAAAACCCUAGGGCCUUUUUUCAUAAGAUUUGAAAUUACGAAACCCUGUAUUUUAUUUUUCGUUUACAAGCUACUUUCAGCCUACCAUAACGAUUUGAAAACGGGCCUUAGUUAUUUAAUGAUUGAUACUAUUAAUUUGUUAUGGAAACUAAUUUAUAAAAUUAUUAUUUACAUAUACCUAAGUCUUAUAUAUUUGAAAAUAAAUUAAAAAACGAUUAUAAGGCCAAACUAUACAAAGAAUAUGGGCCUUUACAUUGCCCAAAACUUUAAAAUUGUGCAAAAAAAAUAUGUACUAUAAUUAGUGAAGUAAAGUAAGUGAAUAUAGACAUAUUUUGAAUAUUAACGGCUAUGUUAUACUAAUCAAAAUUUUCUGCACUUAGCGUACCAAUAAUUCCCAAUUCGUUUUAGCCCGACGGUAAUGAGGUACCCUUCUGGUGACCACCCAGAAAUCAGUAAAUUCAUUUCAAAGUGUGUGUGUUUGCCUUAGUAAAGUGCCUCAAAGUGGUAUUCGGGAACCUUAUCAUGUUUGUGGACUCCAGUAGGAUGCAGUGCAUUAUGAAUUUUUUUUGGAAAUACCUUCUUGAAUUUCUUAUGACUUCGAUAUUUAUGACUACACCUAUUAUGCCAAGAAUUGUCUACAGCAAGCAGCAAAUCAAGGUAUUUGACAAUCGUUUAUGGAAAUCUAAUAUAUAUUUGUAGAUAUGUAUAUGUU